AACAAUGGCUCUCAAGCUCAAUUCUUUCAUUUCUCAAUCUCACAAGUUGCCUACUUUCGCUCUCCCACCAAUGGCCAAUCUCAGAUCUCCCAAGUUCUAUAUGGCUUCUACCCUCAAGUCCGGUUCCAAGGAGGUGGAGAAUCUUAAGAAGCCUUUUAUGCCUCCUCGGGAGGUGCAUGUUCAGGUUACUCAUUCUAUGCCACCCCAGAAGAUUGAGAUAUUUAAAUCUCUAGAUGAAUGGGCUGAGCAGAACAUUCUUGUUCAUCUGAAACCAGUUGAGAAGUGUUGGCAACCACAGGAUUUUUUGCCUGAUCCUUCCUCUGAUGGAUUUGAUGAACAAGUCAGGGAACUUAGGGAGAGAGUGAAGGAGAUUCCAGAUGACUACUUUGUUGUUUUGGUUGGAGACAUGAUCACAGAAGAAGCCCUUCCCACUUAUCAAACAAUGCUGAACACUUUAGAUGGAGUUCGGGAUGAAACUGGUGCUAGCCUUACUUCUUGGGCAAUUUGGACAAGGGCAUGGACUGCUGAAGAGAAUAGACAUGGCGACCUUCUCAAUAAGUAUCUCUAUCUGUCUGGACGAGUGGACAUGAGGCAAAUUGAGAAGACAAUUCAAUAUUUGAUUGGAUCAGGAAUGGAUCCACGGACUGAAAACAGUCCCUAUCUUGGAUUCAUCUACACAUCAUUCCAAGAAAGGGCAACGUUCAUCUCGCAUGGAAACACUGCCAGACUUGCCAAAGAACAUGGAGACAUAAAGUUGGCUCAAAUAUGUGGUACAAUUGCUGCAGAUGAGAAGCGACAUGAGACAGCAUACACAAAGAUAGUGGAAAAGCUCUUCGAGAUUGAUCCUGAUGGAACUGUGUUGGCUUUUGCUGACAUGAUGAGAAAGAAAAUUUCCAUGCCGGCACACUUGAUGUAUGAUGGUCGUGAUGACAAUCUUUUUGACCACUUUUCAGCUGUUGCACAGCGGCUUGGUGUCUAUACUGCAAAGGACUAUGCAGAUAUAUUGGAGUUCUUGGUGGGCAGAUGGAAGGUGGAUAAGCUAACAGGACUUUCAGCUGAGGGGCAAAAGGCUCAGGAUUACGUUUGUCGGUUACCUCCAAGAAUUAGAAGGCUGGAAGAGAGAGCUCAAGGACGAGCCAAGGAAGGACCCACAAUUCCUUUCAGUUGGAUUUUUGAUAGAGAAGUGAAGCUGUAAGUGCAGAAUGAAACACAAAUAGUCAGUUUGGCCCUUUUUCAUGUCCCUUCCUGCAGAAUCAGAAGCGGGGUAGAAUUUUGUAGUUUCAUUUUGUUUACAAAUCCAGUUUAGUUUUAUGUCUGGGAAAGGGGAGUGAAUUUGGUAAAUUGUAGAUUCAGUUGGGUCUUGUGUGUUUUCUUGAGUAUGCUGAUAGGGGGCAUCUGUAGUUUUGGUAUUGUGUUCUUUUACAUGGUCUCUUCUAUUAGUUUGUUUGUCUUUAGUUUCUUGAGUAUAAGCAUACAAUCCUUGUGGCA